AUGGCGAAUAACGACGAGGUCGCUCGUGCGUAUGCCGAGUUCCUGGGCGGGAGUGCGCCGGCGCCUGCUCGUCCGCCUGAUAAUGCUAGUGCUCCCGGUACUGCGGGCGCUGUUGCUUCGCCGUACGGAUUUGGAUAUGGGUAUCCCGGGUAUGGGUAUGGGUAUGGGUGGCCCAAUUACUAUUACCCCGUAUCUCAGGCUGCCCCAGGUGCUCCAGGUACAGCCGCCGCUGCAGUACCGCCAGCUGCUCAGAGCACCGCCCUCGUCCCAGUCCUCCCGGUCGCUCCCACACCUCAUUCAACAGCCCCCUCGGCAACCCCUACAGCUCCCGUAUUCUACACUUUUCCACUGCAGCCGGUGCCAGAGGCUGCAGGAGGGGCUUCGACGGCAACCGUUGUAGAGAAGUCAGGACUACCGAUUUACACAAACGGAUGGCAAUACGUCGAGCCACCCUCACAGACGACAGCGAUGGUGCCAUCAGCCAAAAUACCGGAUCCACCACCUGCAAGACCGCCCUGGCCUAGGGUACCGGAUCCGCCGCCUGCAAGGCCUCCGUUUCCUCCGCCGCCGGGGAUGUCUUCGAGAGCGACCCUUGGAUCUGAGUCUUCGAGGUCACUGUCUGGAAAUGUUUUCCACGAACGUGAGCGGGAACAUUGGAAAUCUUAUGAGUAUGAGUAUCCGCCGCCAGAACGUCGAUAUCGCGCUUCCUCUCCCCCUCCACCUCCGCCAGGACCGCCGGCCCCAGGCUCUACACCAGUCUUGCUGUGUCAUACAUGCAGUAUCUGCGGACAGAUGCGAUCUGCAGCCUUCCAUCGGUCGCAUCCUGUGGUUCCUGGGAAACCGGUCAUCGAGGGUGUAUGUCGGCGGUGCAAGAAGAAAGGGUACAGCACUAGCGCCAGCUACAGUAGGAGGCAUGAAGACGAGAGCUUGACAAAAGUUACCCGUAUCCGGCGCUGCAUUGCGGAUGAGCCUUGCGAUUGGCCUGACAGAGAUGAAGACGACGGCUAUUAUCGGACUGAGAGGGAGAGAUCCAAGUACACGGCUUACGAGACCGAGGAGGCGUUCGUGGAUGAGGGGAGAGGGCGGCCGAGAGUACGCACAGAGGUGCAGAGUCGGCAUAACGUGGGUUUAGGUAUUCUUCCCCAGGUGGUGAAGGAUGUCAAACGUGUGAUGCGCGUUGCUUCGGAGAGUCCGCCGCGGAGGAUUUACACUCUGAGGGAACGGGGUAGGCGGAGGGAAAGGUCCGUGGCUUCUCCCUCCUUUGAUCCACCGCGACGGUUCAUGGAACCUGUGAAUGCCCAUCGAGUGGAAGAGGAACAGCCGCCGCGGCCGCCGAUGAGGAGGAGAGCGAGGAGCAUCUCACCAGUCCCUUACAGAGGGAGGGAAGAGCACUAUGAACGCGAAGCAGCAGUCGAUCGGGUGGCUUCACACCGUGAGGUUUACCGUUCAAUGAGUCCACCCUCGCCGCCAGUGGUGUCCCGCCGUGCGCGAUCACCCUCGAGAGGAAUUCUCAAGACAACAGAUCUGGACCGCGAGACUAGCUACCGCCGACGCAUGAGCGUGCCUACUGAUGGCGGAAUCGAGAGCACCACGGUCGAGAUUGGGGGCCCUAAAGUCACGUUGGUGCAUCGGUCUAUCCGCCCAACAACCCGUGUCACAGAGGUACCAGAGACAGGUCAUGGUGAUGAGAAUAGCGAGCGUGGGUUCAAGUAUCGCUCGAGGCAUCGGGAUGGCGGUGACUAUUACUCGAGGGCAGAUUACUUCGAGGAGCGCCAUAAUCAUCGCCGCGGUGUCGCACCUCCGCAAGGAAGGCCAUAUCUGGAAGAACCACUUUCUCCGUUGCCGCCGCCCGGCCGCCUCGUUUCCCCUUCGCCACCAGCAAGAGAGUUUGAGAGACUGAGCGUCCGAUAUGUAUCUCCUCGUGGGCGCUCUCGAUCCCGGUCUAGUGAGCCUCAUAGAUUUCCCCUCGAUUACAGGCACAUUAGCGCGAGUCCUCGGAUGGACUCUGCUCCCCCUCUGCCACCGCCCACUGCCCCGAUGCCAGAAGAGAGGGGACAAGAUGGAACGAGAGGGAGAGGCAAGGAGCGUGAAUCUGACAGAGAGAGACUACACAUGACCUACCGCCGCAGCGAGUCCAACACCCGAAGAGGGCGCUCACGUCCUCCAGCUCCACUCUCAUCCGUCGACUCAGAGGAAGACAUGGACAUGGAUCGCGUUAGGACUGGGUAUCGAACUGUUCGUGUUCGGACGCUGUCUCCGCCGCUUUUGCCCAGAGCGCGGCCCCGUCGCAACAUAUCUCCCCAAGAGUUUUCUCCAGCCGGCGCGCCGGGGCCCUCUGGUGGAGGGAUGGCAUUUGAGUCAAAGGGAGGGAGGGCAUAUGGAGAUGGUUUGAAGGAGAAGGGGAGGAGGAGAGACUGGGAGGAAGUUACUGUGAGUGGGAGUGAGAGGGGCAGGGAUAGUGGUAGGGACGAGGGAAGGAAAGAGGAGGUAGUGGAGGUGAGGACGUGGAGGGGACGGGAUGAGGAUGGGAAGCCUGUUACGUGGGUGGAGGAGAGGAGGGUGGUUUCUUAG